AUGUCCCGCAAGGCGAGCGAGAAUGUGGAGUACACUCUGCGGAGCUUGAGCAGCCUCAUGGGCGAGCGCCGCAGGAAGCAGCAGGAGCCGGACGCGGCGAGCACGGCCGGGGAGCGCAGCCUUCUGGCGGCCGCGGAGUCGAGCGCCAGCCUGCAGGGCGCGGGCGCGGGCGGCGGCGGCGUCGGGGACCUGGAGCGCGCGGCGCGGCGGCAGUUCCAGCAGGACGAGACCCCCGCCUUCGUGUACGUGGUGGCAGUCUUCUCGGCGCUGGGCGGCUUCCUGUUCGGCUAUGACACCGGGGUGGUGUCGGGGGCCAUGCUGCUGCUCAAGCGGCAGCUCAGCCUGGACGCGAUGUGGCAGGAGCUGCUCGUGUCCAGCACGGUGGGGGCGGCCGCCGUCUCGGCGCUGGCCGGCGGGGCCCUCAACGGCGUCUUCGGCCGCCGCGCCGCCAUCCUGCUGGCCAGUGCCCUCUUCACCGCCGGCUCCGCGGUGCUGGCCGCGGCGAACAACAAGGAGACGCUGCUCGCCGGCCGCCUGGUUGUGGGGCUCGGCAUCGGCAUUGCUUCUAUGACGGUGCCAGUGUACAUUGCUGAGGUCUCACCCCCCAAUUUAAGAGGUCGAUUAGUCACCAUUAAUACCCUCUUCAUCACAGGAGGGCAGUUCUUUGCAAGUGUUGUUGAUGGAGCCUUCAGUUAUCUUCAGAAAGAUGGAUGGAGGUACAUGCUGGGACUUGCAGCAAUUCCAGCAGUUAUACAGUUUUUUGGCUUUCUCUUUUUACCUGAAAGCCCUCGAUGGCUUAUUCAGAAAGGACAGACUCAAAAGGCCCGUAGAAUUUUAUCUCAGAUGCGUGGUAACCAGACCAUUGAUGAGGAGUAUGAUAGUAUCAAAAACAACAUUGAAGAAGAGGAAAAAGAGGUUGGCUCAGCUGGACCUGUGAUCUUCAGAAUGCUGAGUUAUCCCCCAACUCGCCGAGCGUUAAUUGUGGGUUGUGGUCUACAAAUGUUCCAACAGCUCUCAGGCAUUAACACCAUCAUGUACUACAGUGCAACCAUUCUGCAGAUGUCUGGUGUUGAAGAUGAUAGACUGGCAAUAUGGCUGGCUUCCGUUACAGCCUUCACAAAUUUCAUUUUCACACUCGUGGGUGUCUGGCUUGUUGAGAAAGUGGGCCGCAGGAAACUCACAUUUGGUAGUUUAGCAGGUACCACUGUAGCCCUCAUUAUUCUUGCUUUGGGAUUUCUGCUAUCAGCCCAGGUUUCUCCACCCAUCACUUUUAAGCCAAUAUCUCCUUUAGGUCAGAACACUACUUGCACAAGAUACAGUUACUGUAACGAAUGUAUGUUGGAUCCAGACUGCGGGUUCUGUUAUCAGAUGAAUAAAUCAACCGUCAUUGACUCCUCCUGUGUUCCAGUUAAUAAAGCAUCCACAAAUGAGGCAUCCUGGGGCAGGUGUGAAAAUGAAACCAAAUUCAAAACAGAAGAAGUAUUUUGGGCUUACAAUUUCUGCCCUACUCCAUACUCCUGGACUGCACUUCUGGGCCUUAUUUUAUAUCUUAUUUUCUUCGCACCUGGAAUGGGACCAAUGCCUUGGACUGUGAAUUCUGAAAUAUAUCCCCUUUGGGCAAGAAGCACAGGAAAUGCAUGUUCGUCUGGAAUAAAUUGGAUUUUCAAUGUUCUGGUUUCAUUGACAUUUUUACACACAGCAGAGUAUCUUACAUACUAUGGAGCCUUCUUCCUUUAUGCUGGAUUCGCUUCGGUGGGUCUCCUUUUCAUCUACGGCUGUCUUCCUGAGACCAAAGGGAAAAAAUUAGAGGAAAUUGAAUCACUCUUCGACAACAGGCUAUGUACAUGUGGUGCUUCAGAUUCUGAUGAAGGGAGAUAUAUUGAAUAUAUUCGGGUAAAGGGAAGUAACUACCAUCUUUCUGACAAUGAUGCUUCUGAUGUGGAAUAA